AAACGAACAUAGGUAACCAAUAAACAAAACCCUUAAUUAUCGUGUCAUUUCAAAAUUAUUGAUGUAAAAAUGAAAUGUUAAAAUAAGAUUUCCCGAAAAUGGCCAGCAUAAUAACAACCUUAAGUAAAUCAAAGUUAAUUUCGAAAAUAUUGCCUAGAGCAUGUGCUGUACGAAAAUUCUGCUCUGAAGACUGCGGCGAGGAAAAAAAAGGGUUAAUUUUAGGAAUAUACGAAGGGGAAAAUGAAGAAGCAAUAUUUACAAAAUCUGCGGCUAAAUUUAACGAUCACUUGGGAGGAAAAUUGGGAGAUCUUGUAAAAAAAGCUGGAGCCGACAUUCAAAAAGGCAAAGCUAAAAUUUUUAAUAACAUCGACAAGGAGUUUUGGUCUGUAGUGGUAGUCGGCUUGGGUCGAGAAAAAUUAGGCUACAAUGAAAUGGAAGCGAUUGACGAGGGUAUGGAGUCCGUCCGACACGGCUCUGGUUUGGGGGCGCAGGCCUUGAAACGCGAAGGAGUCACCAGGAUCCUCGUCGAAGGAAUGGGAUACCCUGAACAGGCUGCCGAAGGAAGCGCCCUUGCAUUGUGGCGCUAUCAAGAAAACAAAAUGAGACAACACUGGAAAAUCAUUCCAACUCUAGAAUUAUUCGACGAUUGCGAAGCCGAAGCUUUCCAGAGGGGGUUGUUCAAGGCUGAAUCGCAGAAUUUGGCUCGUCGUUUGUCUGAUACUCCAGCCAAUCAAAUGACGCCUCUUCAUUUUGCCCAAGAAACCGUCAACGAACUGUGCCCUUGCGGCAUCAAAGUUAUGGUGCACGACAAGGACUGGAUCGAAUCGAAGAAAAUGAACGCUUUUCUAGCCGUUGCCAGAGGUUCUUGCGAACCUCCAGUGGUUGUGGAAAUCUCGUAUUGCGGUGCUCCCGCCGACCAAAAACCAAUCCUCAUGGUCGGAAAGGGCAUCACCUUCGACAGUGGUGGCUUGUGCUUGAAACGCUGCGAAACUAUGAGCGUCUACAGGGCAGACAUGACUGGUGCCGCAGCCAUAAUUGCGGCCAUUCGUGCCGCCUCUGCCCUCAGCUUGCCGAUCAACAUCGAAGCUGUAAUUCCGUUGUGCGAGAACAUGCCCAGCGGUAUGGCUGUAAAACCUGGCGAUGUCGUCAUGGGACUGAAUGGAAAAUCCAUUAUGGUGACCGAUACCGACAACGAAGGAAGAUUGAUUUUGGCUGACGCUUUCGUGUACGGCCAGGCGACACACAGACCUCGGCUCAUCAUCGACGUUGCCAGUUUGACUCCCGGAGUGAGGGCAGCUCUUGGAUCGGCCGCCAGCGGUGUGUACACCAACUCGCAGGUGAUGUGGUCCCAGGUGCGCAAGGCUGGCGUCAUCACUGGCGACAGAGUGUGGCGUUUGCCCUUGUGGAAGUUCUUUACCAGAAAGGUGACCGACUUCAGGUCUCACGACGUGAACAAUAAGGGUUGGGGGCACGGUUCUUCGCCGUUGGGCGCCGCCUUCCUCAACGAGUUUAUCGAAUGCGUCGACUGGAUCCAUUUCGACACGACCGGAGUUGGUUUCCUCAGCGAACACAAGAUUUACCCGUACCUAACUCAGGGAAGAAUGACUGGCAGACCUACUCGUACCCUGAUUCAACUCUUGUACCAGCUGUCUUGUCCGGCGGAAGGAGCCCGGGAAAUCAAAUAGAAGUUUAAAGUAAAUCGAUCUCUACCUACUCUCUACUCGUCAUUUACCCACCUACCCUACAUUGCGCGCAAAUAACAACAAAUUCGACAUUAAGGCAAUCUUUUUUGCUUUUUAAAAAUUAUAAAUUAAAAUUAGUGAUUAUUAUUCAGAACUCAAUUUAAGUACUCAAGGGGGUUUAAUGACUUCUUAAAUCUGUUUGGCAGCUUGGUCAACUGCCAAAGACUCUAGGAUAUUCCAACAAUUUCAAUCUUACCCAAAAACAAUGCGUUUUUGCCAGCGCAUUUAAACAUCAUACAAUUUUUGAAAUGACAAUUUAUUAAAUUACUAGUAGAUUUACCUACUUAAAUUCUCUUUGUCUGUCGAAUUUAAUUUUGUCUCCCUAUUUAUGCUGUUUCUUCUCGUCCCUCGUAUAUUUUCUUAGGUAAUAUUUUGACAAUGUGAAGUCCUUUACUAAAUUUAUAAACACUUUAGUAUUGUAUAUUUUUAUAUUGAAAGUCUGUUAUUUUUUAUUUAUAUUAUGAAAUUUGUAGUAAUUUACUUAAGAUAGUCAAAUAUAUUUACAACAA